AUGACUGCACUACGGCGUGAUGCACACGCUUCUGUGGAUGGCAGGUUGGAGCAGGCUGAGCUUUACAGCUGGCUCACCACCACCACCUUUACACCCUCCAAGCAGGCCGCUUUGGACUUCAUUGUCAAGUUCAAUCGGAAUUUCAAGAGGUACAAUGAAGCCGUCAAGACCAAGGUUGAGCGCAUCACUGAUGCCACCAAGAAGACACUCCUCCAGCGUGCUCUUUCUGACGUGCCGCUGCUCCAUGCAGUCACCUCCCGUGAGAUUGAGCGCAUGACCUUGGAGCACAAGCCAGGUUACAAUUUCGAGGAGUACUACGAAGUCAUCAAGGUGACUGCCGCUAGCUACGACAGGAACAGGGCAACGUCACGCCGUCGGUCUGUCAAUUGGCAUGACCUUGAUAGUGACAACUGCGAUGGUCAAGACCUUGAGGCUCCAGCUGAUGGAGACAUUGAUGCAUUCAAUGUCAACAUGGACCCAACCACCCGGUUGCCUGAUGAGUUCUUCCGCCAACUCCCACGUGAAGACAAGUCCAUCUGGCACCGGCUGUCCCCCCAGGCCAAGAAGAUCUUGAUGGAGUCAUCCCCACCCAAGCCCGGUCCACCUGCACGACAGGCUCACCUUUCUGAAAUGGUAGAGCAGGAUGAGGAGAAGGAUCGCCCUGAACAAGUAGAUGACACACCAACAUCCACACUGGAAGCCAAUCAGGCACAAGCUAAGCCUGGAGCUGGUCCGUCCCACUCGGCACCCCAGUCCAAGUCUAAUGACCUGCACCCGGCACAUCCAGCUCGAAUGAUGGGCACCAAACCCAAGCCACGUGAAGGUCCUGGAGUUCCCAACCACCCUUGUGUAUCGUACUACUCAGCCUUCAUCCAUCACCGCAAACGACUUUGGUGUGCCUUGAUGGAUCGAGGUGCCAAUGGAUUUAUCCUUGGCAAUGAUGUACGUGUUGUGAAUUUAUCUGGUACAUUCAUUGAUUUGAAUGGUAUUGACAAUCACACAGUCCGAAACCUCCAGCUGGCUACCGCGGUUGUGUUCAUGCGAAGUGAUCAUGGUCCCAUCCUUGGUCGCAUUCACCAGGGUGCCGUCAUGUAUGAUGGCCGUACCAUUGCUUGUCCCGGUCAGAUGGAACACUUUGGUUGUUGUGUCCAUGAGAAAGCCAAGACCGUGACUGGCGUGGACCCCUACUUUGUCACACCCAAUGGUUUCCGAGUCCCCAUGGCUAUGCGCAAUGGGCUUCCGUAUGUCGACUGGCGGCCACCGACUGAUGCCGAGAUGGACGAUGCCUCCAUCCCUUUGAUAGAUUUAACUAGCCCACACCCGUGGGAUCCCUCGUGCCUUGACUCGGUCCCGUCCGACGAUUGGUAUGAUACCCAAAGUACUACCGUCCUUGAUGAUGCAGAGUCCCCUUUAGACAGCUUGGGAAGACUCAAGACUAUGGAUGACGAUCCCCUGACCCCAUCUCAUGCCACCCCAAGCAUUCCAUUGAUCGUCGCGUGCCAUCAUUAUGACUCCAGCUCCGACGAUGAUUCUGACCUUGAGGAUGACUCUGACAUUGACGACCUCCGACAGUGCUUUGCCCGUGUCCCCGACCUUUUGAACCCCUAUGACGACUCCUCUGGUGCUGAAGACUCGGACUCCUCUGGUGAUGAUUCUGACUCUGACACUGAGGACUUACGCCAUUGUUUUGGAGUCCAAACCCGUGGCCAGCUUCGUGGGGAGCCUCCAAGUACUCGCUCCCGUUCCCACCCCACCCGCCCCUCUGCCCCAACGAAGGAUGGGGAGAAAAAGACUCGGAAGAAGCCUGAAGCCAGACGACCUCGUCUCAAGAAGCAGUCCUCCGUUGACAGAAGCCCACGAGUUGAGACAGUACUCCCAAGCGAUGAUGAUGACAGCCCCAGUGACGUUGAAGAUGCAGGGGAAGACAUUCUCAGGUCGAACAACAGGGCCAAGCAUCACACUGGUGUUGAGCUGCCCCCCAUAUCCCGCAAGCGACCCCCUGAGCAGAUUCCAAUGAUGCGGCGGUUCUUUCCGGGAACUAGUGAUGAGACACUCAAGCGAACACUGGAUGCCACUACCCAGUAUGGUACCAAAGGAGCCGUCCAAGGUCGUACUCUCCGAAGCCAGAUACUGUCGCCCAAUCCGAUCCUCAACAUUCCGAGAAGGCAAGAAGACGUGGCUACGGAUACUAUCUAUGGCAGUGUCCCUGCGGUUGAUGACGGAUCUGUAGCAGCCCAGUUCUUCAUUGGACGCACAUCCCACUACAGGUCACUACACCCAGCUGGCACAAGCGACGCAAGCUAUGUCAAGACACUGAUGGACAACAUCCGAAGGUUUGGAGCAAUGAACUGCAUCAGGAGUGACAAUGCCCAGGCCCAAGCAAGCAAACGGGUCAAGGACAUCCUACGAACCUUUUGCAUCAAUGACCGAACCUCUGAGCCAUACAGAGGAAAUCAGAACUAUGCAGAGCACGGAUGGAAGGAUACCAAGACCAAGACACAGCUGGUACUGGACACCAAGAACGCACCUUCCAAGUGUUGGCUGACUGCUGGCCAGUACGUGACCACCCUGCAGAAUCAUAUGGCAUAUGAGAGCCUUGGAUGGAGAACUCCCUUUGAGUGGUUGCAUGGGUACACACCUGACAUAUCUGCACUUCUUCAAUUUGAGUUUUAUGAACCAGUCUACUACCAGAAAUAUGACGCGAAGUUCCCACAAGAUUCAACCGAAUGUGUGGGGAGGUUCGUUGGCGUCUCAGAGUAUGUUGGUCAUGGCAUGACGUACAAGAUUCUCACCGAGGACGACAAGAUCAUCCAUCGGGCUGUCGCUAGAACAGCAAGACUAGGCAAUGAAUUCACCAAUUGGAAGGCGGAUGAACAAGGACCCAAGCUUGCGCCCAAGCCCAAGCCAUUUGUAGACGGACCGCCCUCGAAAACCAUCGACGGAGGUAUUGACCUUGGGGAGUCCCAUGACGCUACAGUGUUCCAUGACGCCAUCCGGCAUGACAUUACCUCACACCUGAGGGAGGACGACAUACUUCAAGGUGGCACAUUGCCGACCAUUGAUGUAUCAGACCUGCUCAACCGAACAUUCAUCACGAAUCCGGAUGACAAUGGGGAGCAGACUAGAGCUAGGAUCGUGUCUGCAACACCCACAGGUGAGACUGAUGCUGAUGGCAAGGAGGCUGUCUUCAGAUUCCGAUGCAAGCAUGGAGACAAGUGCUUCGAGGAGACCAAGGCCUACUCCAAAAUGCUCGAGUGGUGUGACCGUGACCUUGACCUGGACGACAUGUUCAAGAUUGACUCUGUCCAAGACCACAGACCAUCCAAGACACGCUCCAAGUUCGAGAUCCUUGUCGAAUGGGCAAGCGGGUGCAAGACAUGGGAAGAUAUGGGGUUCAUUUUCAAUGAUGAUCCAGUUUCUGUUUCCCUAAGUUCGCAAGAAUGA